CAGCGGACUCUCUCCCUUCUCUCUCUCUCUCUCUCUCGCAGUGUGCUGAACAUAACCUACAUGCGGCAGGCGUGUGCACCGAUUGUCCGCCGAAGCUUUUCUCACUUUGAUCACAUUUGGGAACGAAUUUGGAUACUGAACCCACACGAUACGUCGCUGUAGCCUAAGUAGGCUUCCUGCAGUAGCUACAGCCUGGUUGUGAGGAUGUUGCAGUGAUAGACAGCAGAGCAUCCUCUCUUGCACUCAGCCGGCAUCGUCAGCUGUUGCUCGAGCAGAGCGUGGAAGAGUCGGGAGCAACAGAAAAGGCCAAACUAUGCCACUGAUUUUCUACCGGUGACCGUUUUCCACCUUAAGUCCACCGGGGAGCGGAUGCGAGCAGAGGUUUCCAGCGAGCCUCUGACUAUUUUCAGCCCUUUGUCGGUGCCGGAGGAGCUGUGCCAAUGGAGAAAGCGACUCCGCCGCCCCAGCCUCAGCUCCAGCUGUCGAUAGCGAAGACUGAAAGUCCAGCGGAGGAUAUCUCCGGUCUGACUGACGAGGAGCUGCUGAAGUGGACCAAGGAGGAUCUGGUGCGGCGGCUGAGGCGGUCUGAGUCCGACAAGAUGAGCGUGAUUCUGGACCACGGGAAUCUCAUCCGAGAGGUCAAUCGCAGCCUCCAGCUGCACUUGAACGAGAUCAGGGGGCUGAAGGACAUUAAUCAGAAGCUGCAGGAGGACAACCGUGAGCUGCGGGACUUGUGCUGCUUCCUGGACGACGACCGCCAGAAAGGCAAGCGUGUAUCCAGGGAGUGGCAGCGCUUGGGACGUUACAGUGCCAGCAUCAUGCGGAAAGAGGUGACCCUCUACCUCCAGAAACUCAAGGAGCUGGAGCUUCGACAGGAGGAGGUUAUCCGGGAGAACCUGGAGCUGAAAGAGCUCUGCCUGCUGCUGGAUGAGGAGAAGGGGGUGGUAGGUGGAGGAGGUGGCGGCGGAGGAAGUGGAGGGGGUGUAGGGAUGGGAGGGUGCCGCAACUCCAUCGACAGCCAGAAUAGUUUGCUGCUGGUGCCUGGGCACGGGCUCCUGAUGAGAGAUGUGGGGGAUGGGAGCAGCACCUCCAGUGCAGGGAGUGCUGACAGCUCCGAUCACCCUCACCAUAAGCAGCCUCACCUGGCUGCAGGGGUGGGUGGCGUUGGUAGUGGUGGGGAAAAAGGGAGCCCUGAGCUUGUGCACAAACCCAGGUGUAGCAGCAUCAGUGGAAUAGGAGGCGAAGGUGGAGGAGACAGGGAGGUGUCCAGCCCUGAGCACCCCGCUGGGCGCCACCGGAGUACAAGCCUGGAGUAUCCGUACACCCUGCCCCAGCUCUGCCGGCCCCGCUGCGGCUCCAUAUCGGUGCCUGACCACAGUCGAGUCAUGCGGGGCCUCAGCCCGGAAAAAUACGGGAGGAACGUGGGCCGACGCAGUCCGGAGCAGCACCCCAAGCACCACAGCUCUGAUCUCCUCCUGGGCCAGAGGCAGCAUUUCCUGGGUCAGGGAGGCAGCGGGGAUCUCUAUCAGAGGCAUCACAGGAGCAGCAUUAGCAGUACUGGCUGUGGGAGCCCCGAACCCCGGCAGGCAUAUUUAGGGGGCACUGAGCACCAUGAAAAGGGCUGCGUGGUCCAGGGGGGCAGCCCCGAAACUCAUAGGCACCAGUUCAGUGUGAGCCCUGACCAUGUGAAGUUUGGGAGCCCUGUGAGAGAGGGACAGAGGAGGCCGGCUGGAGAUGAGAUGUCGCCUCAUCAUCGGAGCAUCUACAAUGGCAUGAAUGCUUUAAUAUCAGCCGGCUGCUGCACCAACAACUGUAGAAAUGUCAAGCUAUGGGACAGCUUUGAUGCCUCCUCUUGACCCCAGCUUGACCAGCUAAGAUCCUCAAAUGGGGGGGGGGUCACAGUGGUACAACCCUCCUGCGCCUCUGGCCUUGAUAGACACGACGGCCCCCGGACGCCACCAUCUAUGACUCCAGAUGGUCUGUCAUCCAUGCCCUCAUCAGUGUCCAAGUCCAGAAACAGCCUGCCUCCAUGUUUUCAUUUCUAUAUAUCCGGAGUUUGAGGAAAGGGAGUGGGGUGUUGAGGGGAAUGCUGUUAGUACAGUUGGUAAAACUUGUGAAGACUGCCGCAGCUAAAUGGAUUAGAGUGGCUAUCUCUCCCUGCCAACUGUGACACGGCUACCUCCCGGAGAGCACCUAGAAGGAGUGACAAUGGGGAUCGGUGAGAGACGAUGUAGGGGACUCUCUCUGUUUACAAAUGUAGAUCACUGGUGGAGAAGCACAUAAAUUAAACUCUCUGCACCCUUCUGUUUUAAACCUUAAUUAUUUUCCACCACUCUUCCCUCUUUCUCCUAUUUCCCUCCCUGUUUUACUACUCUCUCCCUCCACCUCUCCCAUCUUCAGAUAUCCGUCAUCUUCAAAGUGUGUAAUGAAACUGGUUGUAAUUUAAUGUUCUCUCUCUCAGUCUCAAAUUCCAGCUGAUCACAUGAUUGCCAUCGUCUUCAACUUUUUCAGCCAUUUCAACUGAAUUUAAAACAAAACAAAAACCAUAUUUGUCAACGAUGUUCUAGCAAAGAAAAAAAAACCUCUUCCUGUGUCUUAAACUGAGAUGGUCAACAUUACUAGCUGCUGACAGAUGUUUUACUUCUAUAAGAUGCAAUGUUCAGGUGUAAUUUUUCUUUUUUGUAUUAUCUUCUUUGCUCCCUUAAAGCGCCUAUAUUGAAGCUGGGGAUAA